AUGGCGGCCAUUCUCCUGGCGGCCAGACCCAAGGUGCCAGUGUCUUUUGAGGAUGUGGCCGUGUACUUCUCAAAGGCAGAAUGGAAGCUCCUGGACCUCAGACAGAGGACCUUCUACAAGCAGGUGAUGCUGGAGAACUACAGCCAUUUGGUGUCACUGGGAUUUUCCUUUCCCAAACCGAACUUGGUGUCUCAGCUGGAGCGAGGGGAGGGGCCCUGGCUAACUAACACCCACAGAAUGGGGACUGGAGGAAUGACUCCUGGAGGUGAGUGAGGGAGCAAGACAUCUAUUUCAGAGCAGAAACAUUCUAGAAAAGAACUGCCUGGGGCUGGGCUGCAGGGUGGCAAUGAGGAUCAAGCAGCCACAGGAGAGACCAUCACACAGAGAGAUAACCACAGUGGCUCUAGGCUAGCUCCAGGCCUCAGACAGCAGUGUUCCAAAGGCAGAGACAAACACGUAUGCCAGCGGUGUGGAAAAUCCUUUAGCCGAAACUCCAAUCUCAUCAAGCACCAGAUCGUCCACAGCAGUGAGAAGCCCUUUGCCUGCCCUGAGUGUGGGAAACUCUUCCGGCGCAACAUUGCACUCCUGGAGCACCGGCGCAUCCACACUAGGAGCUCCAACCUCAUCAAACACCAGAUCGUCCACAGUGGUGAGAAGCCCUUCUCCUGCUCCGAGUGUGGGAAGCUCUUCCGGCGCAGCUUCACGCUCCUGGAGCAUCAGCGCAUCCACAGUGGCGAGCGGCCCUAUGAAUGUGACGAGUGCGGCAAGACCUUCAGCCGGAGCUCCAACCUCAUCGAGCACCAGCGCACACACCGUGGUGACAAGCCCUACAUAUGCAGCCAGUGCAGCAAGGCCUUCAAGGGUGUGUCCCAGCUCAUCCACCACCAGCGUGUGCACAGCAGUGAGCGGCCCUUUGAGUGUCAAGAGUGUGGCAAGGCCUUCCGGGGCCUCUCAGGGCUGAGCCAGCACCGCAGGGCCCACAGUGGUGAGCGGCCCUACAAGUGCCCUGAGUGUGGGAAGGCCUUCGGCCGGCGCCCUAACCUUUUCAAGCAUCAGGCAGUGCACAGAGGCCAAGGACCUCAUGAGUGUCAAGACUGUGGCCCUUCUGCAGCAUCAGCACGUCCACCGUGCUGA